AUGGAUAAUGGUUUCAAGAAGGCCACCUCGACCGACCAUAGAGGCUGGCUUUGGGUAACAGUCAUCCUCUCCAUCAUAUACACAGUUAGCAUCCUGCUCGUCAGACUGUUUGGAAAGUAUGGUCUGCUCUCGUAUGACGAUGCGACUCUAGGUCUGGCAUACUGCAUUGCAGCGGUGAGAUGGGGAGUGCAAAUGCACGCCAUUUCUGACGGGCUCGGUGCCGAGCUCGCGGUUGUCAUUUUUGUGCAGCGAACGGCAAAAUUCGCUUUCGCUGCCAGGGUGCUGCUGAUGAUCUGCCUGUAUCUGUCAAAGCUGUCCAUCGUGGUUUUUAUUCGCAAGGUGUUCUCUGGAACCAUGAACCACGAGAACAUCAUCUUCGCAGGGGCUUAUACUGCGAUCACCAUGUUUGGGAUUGCAUCUGUAUUCGCCGUCGCAAUCGAUUGUCGUCCGUCACGAUUUCUGAGCACGCAACAUUCAUUCGGCUGUCCAGAAAGUGCAGCGAGAUCGAUCGUCUUGUGCAUCCUAGAUGUGUUCAGCGAACUGCUUAUCAUAUUCAUUCCUGUGGUACUUUUGUCGAAGCUGCAGAUGCAGCAAUCGAAGAAAAGAGCUGUUUAUAGUGUCUUCGCUUUGCGGAUCGCGUAG